AUGAGUGGAAAUGAUGGGUGCAUGAUUCCAGCAUAUUCAAAACAAGCUCUGAAACAAGAACUACAGAAUUUCGAUGUUACUUUCGGGGCCCAGAUAAGUGACAAUCAUCGACUACCACCAAACAUCGCCAUCCAAUGCUUAAUUCAGCUCUGCGAGUCACAGCAACUCCCCACAGCAGUCUGCUUGAUGGAACUAGUCAGCAGAACGUUUAUUCACGGGAGGAAAGGAGAAAGACGCUAUCUCCUGCACAACCCACUACCAUCGCUGCCACCGCUAUCCUCCCUGACGACACGGCACACUAAUGAGCGAGUUGCCACGGAAUGGAUGACAGACGAGGGUGAAUGGGCGGUACGUUUGAUGGUUGGAUGGGUGGUUCCAGAACGGCAAACGGUACUUCAGAUUAGUAACUAUUGCCCUACCCACUCCGAUCUAUGUGCUACAGGAGUGGGUGCACAAGGAGAAGAGAAUCUCGACAUUCUGUUAGGGGAAAGCAGAGAGAGAAAGAGAUAUGUGGAAGGAGACCUUAGAUGUGGACCCCUCCCAUCAUCCUUUAGGUGUAAGCGUUUGGUGCUUUCUGGGGUGGAUGAAGGAGGAGGGUUGUUGUGCUUGCCACGUCAGUGCAGUCGUUGCCUGUGA